CAAAUGUAUGGUGCGCUCUAAAAAGAACUUGCAGACAUAUGGUUUUCUUCUACCUCUACCAAAGGCUAAUUUUGUAAGUUCGGUUUGCUGUCCCUGUGAUCGAGAGGGAAAAGGCUGGGUGAUCGAUCACGUGAAUGUCAGGUGACGACCAGAGCUUCAAGGUCCCAUCAUGGUAAGUGAACCCUCUGUUUACUCAGCUUGUAAUUCGUCCCUCUGUCUGUGUGUCUGUAGGGCCGGGAAGCCGACAGCAGGGCUGCAUCUCGAUGUGGUGAAAAACGGCAGCGUUUUGCAGAAGUUGCUAAUAGACGAGAAGCCAUGCUACAUGUUCGGCAGAGCCAAAGAUGUGUGUGACUUCCCCCUCCCUCACCAGAGUUGCUCCCGGCAACACGCAGCUCUCGUCUACCACAAACACCUCCACAGACCUUUUCUCAUCGACCUCGGCAGCACUCACGGGACGUUUGUUGGUACCAUGAGAUUGGAGGCCAACAAACCAACUCAGAUACCAAUUGAUACUACUCUCUCAUUCGGAGCCUCAACGAGGACGUACACUCUCAGGGAGAGGCCUCAGACGGUUACCAUGGUGAUGGGGGAGGAGGGGGGAGGAGGGGAAGGGGAGGGAGGCACCCUCCUUGGCCUGCCUGAACUAGACACUGAUGUUGACGUGAGUUGACUCUCACUUUGUCUAAGAAAUUCAAAAUUUCGGUCGGGACAGAAUAUGGUGGCAAUUUUUGCCCAUCUGGGGACCUGACUCAGUACAACACAGCCCACAACAGACAGAUAUCAAUGGUGGGUAUAGUGGAGGCUGGAGGAGACAAGAUCUCCAGAAGAAAGUACAGACCUAACUCUGUCACCUUCUCUGACAACGAAGAGAUUAUCAAUCCCGAGGACAUCGACCCAACCGUUGGCAAGUUCCGUAACAU